AAACUGGAAGAACCUGAACCCAGCAGUGUGUCCAUGAAGAGCGACCGGUCUAAGAAAAAUCCUAUAUACUUCAAAGAUGGACGUCACAAUGUUGGUCAAAGGAGGAAACUGGAAGAACCUGAACCCAGCAGUGUGUCCAUGAAGAGCGACCGGUCUAAGAAAAAUCCUAUAUACUUCAAAGAUGGACGUCACAAUGUUGGUCAAAGAGUGGACCAGGAGAGCUCAGAGGUUCCCCGUGGUCAGUCUGCCCAGCAGCAUCAACCAGACCUGGACUCCAUAUUUAUGCUGCUGGAGGAGAACAUUGUCACUUUUGUGAAGAACGAGCUGAAGAAGAUCCAGAAGCUUCUGAUUCCAGAUUACACAGAAUGCUUAGAGAGUCAGAGGGAGGAUGAGGUGUUGAACAGUGAGGAUGAGGAGCAGAAGAGGAGCAGCAGAGAGGCAUUUCUGCAGAUCACACUGGACUUCAUGAGGAGAAUGAAGCAGGAAAACCUGGCUGACUGUCUGCAGAGCAAAUCUCCUGCUAUGUGCCAGCCUAGACUCAAAGCUAAGCUGAAGAAGAAGUUCCAGUGUGUGUUUGAGGGUAUCGCUAAAGCUGGAAACCCAACCCUUCUGAAUCAGAUCUACACAGAGCUCUACAUCACAGAGGGAGGGACUGGAGAGGUCAAUGAUGAACAUGAGGUCAGACAGAUUGAAACAGCAUCCAGGAAACCAGACAGACCAGAAACAACCAUAAGACAAGAAGACAUCUUUAAAGCCUCACCAGGAAGAGAUGAACCAAUCAGAACAGUAAUGACAAAGGGAGUGGCCGGCAUUGGGAAAACAGUCUUAACACAGAAGUUCACUCUGGACUGGGCUGAAGACAAAGCCAACUGGGACAUACAGUUCACAUUUCCAUUCACCUUCAGAGAGCUGAAUGUGCUGAAAGAGAAAAAGUUCAGCUUGGUGGAACUUGUUCAUCACUUCUUUACUGAAACCAAAGAAGCAGGAAUCUGCAGGUUUGAUCAGUUCCAGGUUGUGUUCAUCUUUGACGGUCUGGAUGAGUGUAGACCUCCUCUGGACUUCCACAACACUGAGAUCCUGACUGAUGUUACAGAGUCCACCUCAGUGGACGUGCUGCUGACAAACCUCAUCAGGGGGAAACUGCUUCCCUCUGCUCGCCUCUGGAUAACCACACGACCUGCAGCAGCCAAUCAGAUCCCUCCUGAGUGUAUUGACAUGGUGACAGAGGUUAAAGGGUUCACUGACCCACAGAAGGAGGAGUACUUCAGGAAGAGGUUCAAAGAUGAGGAUCAGGCCAGCAGGAUAAUCUCCCACAUCAAAACAUCACGAAGCCUCCACAUCAUGUGCCACAUCCCAGUCUUCUGCUGGAUCACUGCUACAGUUCUGGAGGAGGUGUUGAAAACCAGACAGGGAGGAGAGCUGCCCAAGACCCUAACUCAGAUGUACAUCCACUUCCUGGUGGUUCAGUCCAAAUUGAAAAAUGUCAAGUAUGAUGGAGGAGCUGAGACAGAUCCACACUGGAGUUCAGAGACCAGGGAGAUGAUUACGUCUCUGGGAAAACUGGCUUUUGAGCAGCUGCAGAAAGGAAACCUGAUCUUCUAUGAAUCAGACCUGACAGAGUGUGGCAUCAAUAUCAGAGCAGCCUCAGUGUACUCAGGAGUGUUAACACAGAUUUUUAAAGAGGAGAGAGGGCUGUACCAGGACAAGGUGUUCUGCUUCGUCCAUCUGAGUGUUCAGGAGUUUCUGGCUGCUCUUCAUGUCCAUCUGACCUUCAUCAACUCUGGACUCAAUCUACUCUCAGAAGAACAGUCAACCUCCCACAACUCCAAGAAGAGAAAAUCCAAGAAAGAAUCCAAAGAGACAAACUUCUACAAGAGUGCUUUGAACAAGGCCUUACAGAGUCCAAAUGGACACCUGGACUUGUUCCUCCGCUUCCUCCUGGGUUUUUCGCUGCAGACCAAUCAGACUCUCCUACAAGGUCUAUUGAGACAGACAGGAAGUCACUCACAGACCAAUCAGAAAACAGUCCAGUACAUCAAGAGAAAGAUUGAAGAGACUUCCUCUUUAGAGAAAACCAUCAACCUGUUCCACUGUCUGAAUGAACUGAAUGAUCAGUCUCUAGUGGAGGAGAUCCAAAAGUCCCUGACUUCAGGAAGUCUCUCCACAGAUAAACUGUCUCCUGCUCAGUGGUCAGCUCUGGGGUUCAUCUUACUGUCAUCAGAACAAGAGCUGGAUGUGUUUGACCUGAAGAAAUACUCUGCUUCAGAGGACGCUCUUCUGAGGCUGCUGCCAGUGAUCAAAACAUCCAAGGCAGCCCUACUGAGUGGCUGUAACCUCUCAGAGAGAAGCUGUGAAGCUCUGUCCUCAGUCCUCAGCUCACAGUCCUCUAGUCUGAGAGAGCUGGACCUGAGUAACAACAACCUGCAGGAUUCAGGAGUCAACCUGCUGUCUGCUGGACUGAAGAGUCCACACUGUACACUGAAAACUCUCAGUCUGUCAGGUUGUCUGAUCACAGAGGAAGGCUGUGUUUCUCUGGCUUCAGCUCUGAGCUCCAACCCCUCCUAUCUGAGAGAGCUGGACCUGAGCUACAAUCAUCCAGGAGACUCAGGACUGAAGCUGCUGUCUGCUGGACUGGAGGAUCCAGACUGGAAACUGGACACUCUCAGGGUGGAGCCUGAUGGAGUCCAAUGGUUGAGACCAGGUCUGAGGAAGUAUUCCUGUGAACUCACAAUAGACACAAACACAGUGAACACAAAGAUCAAACUAUCUGACAACAACAGGAAGGUGACACGUGUAGAGGAGGACCAGUCAUAUCCUGAUCAUCCAGACAGAUUUGACCACUGGCCUCAGCUGGUGUGUACAACUGGUCUGACUGGUCGAUGUUACUGGGAGGUCGAGUGGAGCAAAGCAGUUCGUGUAUCAGUGAGUUACGGAGGAAUGACAAGGAGAGGAGACAAAGACGAUCGUGUUUUUGGAUGGAACGAUCAGUCCUGGAGCCUGAGCUGCUCUAAUGAUGGUUACUCUUUCCGGCACAAUAAGAAAGUGACAUCUAUCUCCUCCUCCUCUGUCUCUGACAGAGUAGCAGUGUAUGUGGACUGUCCCGCUGGCACUCUGUCCUUCUACAGGAUCUCCUCUGACUCACUGAUCCACCUCCACACCGUCAACACCACAUUCACUGAACCUCUGUAUCCUGGGUUUGCAGUCUGGUGGCCUGGUUCCUCAGUGUCUCUGUGUUCAGUGUAGCAGAGAGCGUCUCCACCUGAGAAACGUUCUCACUGUUGAACACGUAGUUUAUUCGUUUCAUAUUAGCAAUAUGUUUAAGUCAGUUGUUUGAUCUGUGUCCUGUAUUUGUACAUGAAAUUUCCAUGCCAAAGUAAAAAACAAUUAAAGUUGCAGCAUUGAUAAAAAACAUCCUCAAGGAGUUCAGAAAACAGUCUAGUUCAUUUAGCAGCUAUUCUGGAGUUCUCAAUUGUAUCUUGUAAUUUUCCUCAGCAUGAUGAAAUGUGUCCUCUAAAAUUAAGUGUUGUGGCUUUAGUAAUGAAGUCCCAUCACUUAAAGUAAGAGAUUGAGAAAAGAUAAUUUCAUGACUUUUAAAGAUGCUGAUGAGUAAGAAAAGAUCAUUGGUCAGAGACCAGUUUGGACUUUACAGCUGAAUUAACUCUCUGUUCAUUUUGAUAUGAGCUGUACUUAUUGUGAACUUAAAAUGUGAGUUCAUUUUUUUUUCUAAUCUAUUAACAUGCAAAAGGGGCAGUUGGACAAACUGAAGCCAUUUAAACAGCAUUUCUGUUAUAUUGAGGUCAUAAUGUCACAUAAUCAUUCAUUGCAAUGGGACUUUGGUAACAUUCUUAUCCCCUGCUAGAUGACAGAUAGUAAAAGACUUACAAUACCUAUAUACCUCUGUGUUCAGACACGGUCAGUUAAACUUGCUUAUAAGUCUGUCCUAAGUCUUUUUUUGUAAUAUCUUCCUUUUCUCUCUUUCUCCCAUUACCUUUGCCACUUGUCUGUCAGUCUUUGCUUAAUAAUCUAAUCUAAUCUAAUCAAUGAGUUUCUGUUUUUUGCCUCCUUUGUGACCUUGUCUGCCAUUUAAUUUCCUUUAAUGCCAAUGUGUGCUGUAUUCAUACAAAUAUUACUGCCCCAUCAUUUAAAUUCUGUAUGUUUGUUGUACUUGUAUCAGAAUAUCUGGUCUGCUGUCUGAAUGACUGAACUGUAAACUGGCGAGUGAUGAACUUGAACCUGAACAAAUGAUUUUUAUCAACAGUCUUGUUUUUUCUAUCCACUGUACAGCUAACAAUAUUGCAAGUAUUUCUCCUGUGUAAACUGAAACUUCAUCAUUUAUACUUUUCCCUACUACUCUGGAUCAACAAAUGCAACUGCAACUAUCAUAGGCCUAUAUGGUAUGUGAA